CGCUGCGCCGAUCCGAAGCCUGGAGCCAGGUGCAUCUUCCUGGUCUCCCAUGCAGGUGCAGGGCCCAAGCACCUGGACCUCCUCCACUGCCCUCCCGGGCCACAGCAGAGAGCUGGACUGGAAGAGGAACAACCGGGACUAGAACCCGGCGCCCAUAUGGGAUGCCGGUACCACAGGCGGAAGAUUAACCAAAUGAUACUGACCGUGUUCCUGAGCAACAACGAGCAGAUUUUAACAGAAGUUCCCAUCACGCCAGAAACAACCUGUCGGGAUGUUGUGGAGUUCUGCAAGGAGCCUGGAGAAGGCGGCUGCCACCUAGCGGAGGUGUGGCGGGGGAGCGAGCGUCCCAUCCCCUUCGAUCACAUGAUGUACGACCACCUGCAGAAGUGGGGGCCGCGGAGGGAAGAAGUGAAGUUUUUCCUGCGCCACGAGGACUCCCCUGCCGAGAGCAGUGAACAAGGUGGCCGUCAGACCCAAGAGCAGAGAACUCAAAGAAAUGUAAUGAACGUCCCUGGAGAAAAGCGCACAGAGAAUGGGGUCGGGAACCCCCGUGUCGAACUCACCCUCUCAGAGCUGCAGGACAUGGCGGCGAGGCAGCAGCAGCAGAUCGAAAACCAGCAGCAAAUGUUGGUUGCCAAGGAACAGCGUUUACAUUUCCUAAAGCAGCAGGAGCGCCGUCAGCAGCAGUCCCUUUCUGAAAACGAAAAACUCCAGAAGUUGAAAGAACGAGUGGAAGCCCAGGAAAACAAGCUGAAGAAGAUCCGCGCCAUGCGGGGACAGGUGGACUACAGCAAGAUCAUGAACGGCAAUCUGUCUGCUGAGAUAGAAAGGUUCAGCGCCAUGUUCCAGGAGAAGAAGCAGGAAGUGCAGACUGCGAUUUUAAGGGUGGAUCAGCUGAGUCAGCAGCUGGAAGAUUUGAAGAAAGGAAAGCUGAACGGGUUCCAGUCGUGCAACGGCAAGUUGGCAGGACCAGCGGCGGUGGAGUUGAAAAGACUGUACCAAGAGCUCCAGAUCCGUAACCAGCUCAACCAGGAGCAGAACUCGAAGCUGCAGCAGCAGAAGGAGCUCUUGAACAAGCGCACCGCGGAGGUGGCCAUGAUGGACAGGCGCAUCGGCGAGCUGCGGGAGCGCCUCUACGGGAAGAAGGCUCAGCUGACCCGUGUGAACGGCACGUCGUCCCCACAGUCGCCCCUGAGCACGUCUGGCAGAGUUGCUGCUGUGGGGCCCUACAUCCAGGUCCCCAGUGCUGGGAGCUUCCCUGUUGCAGCGGAUCCUGGGAAGCCCCAGUCCCUCACUGUCACCUCCAGUGCUGUCCAUGGGAGAUCCAAAUCCGCUAAUGAUGGAAACUGGCCAACGUUAAAACAGAAUUCCGGCUCUUCAGUGAAACCAGCCCAGACGGCCAGCGUGGACUGGAAGGACCCAGGCGUGGAGGGGGCCUUGAAGCAGGGCACCAUCUCGAGCCAGCCCCUGCCCCUGUCAGCGCUGGGAGCCCCAGAGAAGCUGGGCGUCGAGAUUGGUAAAGCUCCACCUCCCGUCCCCGGUGUGGGCAGGCAGCUGCCCCCGAGCUACACGGCGUACCCGAGUCCUCCACCCCUGGCUCCGGGCUCGACGAGCUCCCUGGAGAGGAGGAAGGAGGGCAGCUUGCCCCGGGCCGGCACGGGCCCCCCCAGCCGGCAGAAAGCCGCCCCGCUGCCCCCCGCCGGCGCCCCCCCCCCAGGCUCCUCGCAGCAGAUUCAGCAGAGGAUCUCGGUGCCACCAAGCCCCACGUACCCGCCCACAGCCCCGCCUGCCUUUCCGGCCGGAGACAGCAAACCAGAACUCCCGCUGACGGUGGCCAUUAGGCCUUUUCUGGCCGAUAAAGGGUCAAGGCCACAGUCGCCCAGAAAAGGACCGCAGACAGUGAAUUCGAGUUCCAUAUACUCCGUGUACCUCCAGCAAGCCGCGCCACCCAGGAAUUACCAGGCGGCAGUGCACAGCGCCGCGAACAAAUCCGUGAAAGCAGUGUAUGGGAAACCCGUUCUGCCGUCAGGGUCCACCUCACCGUCUCCGCUCCCGUUUCUUCACGGGUCAGGCACGCCCCAGCCUCAGCUGCCCACAGAAUGUGGGGAGAAGGAGCCGGAGCAGGAGGGCCCUGCCCCCGCGGGGGAGGGCGGCCCGGUGGAGAGCCUGCCGCGACCGCUCAGCCCCACCAAGCUCACACCCAUCGUGCACUCGCCGCUGCGCUACCAGAGCGACGCUGACCUGGAGGCCCUGCGCAGGAAGCUGGCCAACGCGCCCCGGCCCCUCAAGAAGCGCAGCUCCAUCACGGAGCCCGAGGGCCCCAGCGGGCCCAACAUCCAAAAGCUUCUAUACCAGCGUUUCAACACGCUGGCCGGUGGCAUGGAGGGCGCCCCCUUCUACCAGCCCGGCCCCUCGCAGGACUGCAUGGGCACCCUGGCUGACAUGGACAAUGGGAACACCAACGCCAACGGGAACCUGGAGGAGCCCAGCCCUGCCCGGCCUACAGCCCCGCUCCCCGAAGAGCCCGCCCUGUCGUCAGAUGCCAACGACAACGAGUUACCUUCCCCAGAACCCGAGGGGCUCAUCUGCCCCACCACCACCCACCCGACUGCAGCACCGGCUGAGGACGACAACAACAACGUGGCCACGGCCCCCUGCACAGAGCAGACCCCGAGCCCCGUGACCGAGGCCCCGUCCCCAGGGGAAGAGCAGGCUCCUGCACCGCCUGUGCCCCCUGGCGCACACCCGCCUGCAGCCUCCACGGUGCGUGUCGGCGCUGCCACAGACCUGAAGGGCAAACGCACCAACCUGAAGAAGCCCAACUCGGAGCGCACGGGGCACGGGCUGCGGGUGCGCUUCAACCCCCUGGCCUUGCUCCUGGACGCGUCCCUGGAAGGAGAGUUCGACCUGGUGCAGAGGGUCAUCUACGAGGUGGAGGACCCCAGCGAGCCCAAUGAUGAGGGCAUUACCCCCCUGCACAACGCCGUGUGUGCCGGCCACCACCACAUCGUGAGGUUCCUGCUGGACUUCGGGGUCAAUGUCAAUGCUGCCGACAGUGACGGAUGGACGCCCCUGCACUGUGCCGCCUCCUGCAACAGCGUGCACCUCUGCAAGCAGCUGGUGGAGAGCGGCGCCGCCAUCUUCGCUUCCACCAUCAGCGACGUGGAGACGGCUGCGGACAAGUGCGAGGAGAUGGAGGAGGGCUACCUCCAGUGCUCCCAGUUUCUAUACGGUGCGCAGGAGAAGCUGGGCGUGAUGAACAAGGGUGCUGUCUAUGCGCUGUGGGACUACGAGGCCCAGCACAGUGACGAGCUGUCCUUCCACGAAGGGGACACCAUCAGCAUCCUGCGACGUGCAGACGAGAGCGAGACCGAGUGGUGGUGGGCCCGCCUCGGCGAGCGGGAGGGCUAUGUGCCCAAAAACCUGCUGGGGCUGUACCCGCGGAUCAAGCCCCGACAGCGAACGCUUGCCUGAGGCGCCCCUGAGCGCGGCGGGGUCCUCGAGAGACGACUCUGCCCCCAGGAAGCUGUGGCUGGAGAUGGCGUCUGUGUGCUCACCCAGCACCUCCCACAAUGUGAACCCCUGCAGCUCCUAGGUGAGGCCUGUCCCAGUUUGCCAAUUACUGUAAAUCCAAAUAAAUACCCAGCUUCCAAACACCUCCCCUGCCAGCAAGCAGCCCAUGAUGAACUCCUGGUUGGUUGCCGGUGACGACAAAGUUCUCAUCCGUCUGGCCCCUGUCGGGCGUCCCCCCCAGCCCCCAGUGCCACAGAGUGUGCCCCUCGCUGGACCCCUGCCCCCUGUGACUGAGAGCGAGAGCCCUGUGGGAGCUCGUGUCUAAUGCUGUGGCCACCCCACGUGGGCUAUGUGCAGUGUCCCCCUCCUCCAGGUGGUGGCCUAGCUCACCUACGGCCGCUCAUGCUGGCCCAGUGCUGCAGCUGGCGGAUUGGCACCAGGGCCCUGAGUCACAUGGCCUGCGAGCGUGCAGGCCUGCCGCCAUGCAGCGCCCCCUUGCACCAGGAGUUUCUCUAGGGUGCAGCCAGGGUGAGGCCACUGUGAGGGCAGCUGGUGCCUGGAGCAGCAGGGCCUGCCCCCCACCCCAGGCUCGAGUCAAGGAGGGUGCUGGCGUGUGAAGUGCACGUAAAGGCUUUUAUAUACCAGAAGUGUUUUUCAGCCAGACCAUUUGAAACUACCAGAAUGUGCUGGAAAUGUUCUCAUUAAAACACAAGCCCUC